AGGGCUGCCCCCCGCACCGGAUCUGCUUCCUGGGCUUUCUUUCGCUUUGCCUGGCGCUCGGCGAGGCCUGGCGCACCGCGAGCAGAGGGCUGAGCAGGUGGCCGCGGAGGAGGGGCGGGGACAGGAGCCUUUAACCCUUCGGGACACCGGGCCGUCUCCUCCCUGAGGACGCGUUGCCCCCAGCCCCGGCUCGGGCCCGUGCCCUGCUGCGCGAGUGGGUUCUGGCUGGCUGGAAGGUGCCCCUGACCUUGCUGUCUCCCCGGUGCCAGGUCUGCGCAAGGACCAUGGGCGCCGCGCUGGGCUCAGGCCCGCGGCUGGCUCUACUCCCAGGCCGGGCCUGCGGCGCCCUCCCGCGCUGGGCACCCUCCGCGCCCGCCCGAGCCUGCCACUCCAAGCCCGGCCCCGCGCACCCGGUGCCCCUGAAGAAACGCGGAUACGAUGUCACCAGGAACCCGCAUCUCAACAAGGGCAUGGCCUUUACACUUGAAGAAAGGCUGCAGCUUGGAAUCCACGGCCUGAUCCCCCCCUGCUUCCUGAGCCAAGAUGUCCAGCUCCUCCGGAUCAUGAGAUACUACGAGCGACAGCAAAGUGACCUGGACAAGUACAUCAUUCUCAUGACACUCCAAGAUCGGAAUGAGAAGCUCUUCUACCGGGUGCUGACGUCGGACGUGGAGAAGUUCAUGCCGAUCGUGUACACACCGACCGUGGGGCUGGCCUGCCAGCACUACGGCCUGACCUUCCGCAGGCCCCGGGGGCUCUUCAUCACCAUCCAUGACAAGGGCCACCUUGCAACAAUGCUGAACUCUUGGCCAGAAGACAACAUUAAGGCCGUGGUGGUGACUGACGGGGAGCGCAUACUGGGCUUGGGCGACCUGGGCUGCUACGGCAUGGGCAUCCCCGUGGGCAAGCUGGCCCUGUACACAGCGUGCGGAGGGGUGAACCCGCAGCAGUGCCUCCCCGUCCUGCUGGACGUCGGCACCAACAACGAGGAGCUGCUCAGAGACCCUCUGUACAUCGGCCUGAAGCACCAGCGUGUGCGCGGGAAGGAGUACGAUGACUUGCUGGACGAGUUCAUGCAGGCUGUGACAGACAAGUUUGGGAUAAAUUGCCUCAUCCAGUUUGAAGACUUUGCCAAUGCCAACGCCUUCCGCCUGCUCAACAAAUACCGCAACAAAUACUGCAUGUUCAAUGAUGACAUCCAAGGCACAGCCUCUGUGGCUGUGGCAGGGAUCCUGGCUGCUCUGCGAAUCACCAAAAACAAGCUCUCCAAUCAUGUGUUUGUUUUCCAAGGUGCAGGUGAGGCAGCCAUGGGCAUCGCCCAGCUCCUUGUUAUGGCCCUAGAGAAAGAAGGUGUACCAAAAGCAGAAGCCACGAGGAAGAUCUGGAUGGUGGACUCCAAGGGGCUCAUUGUCAAGGGGAGGAGCCACCUGAACCAUGAGAAGGAGAUGUUUGCCCAAGACCAUCCUGAAGUGAACUCCCUGGAGGAGGUGGUGAGGCUGGUGAAGCCCACGGCCAUCAUAGGUGUUGCCGCCAUCGCAGGAGCCUUCACGGAGCAGAUUCUGAGGGACAUGGCCUCCUUCCACGAGCGCCCUAUCAUCUUUGCCCUGAGCAACCCCACCAGCAAGGCCGAGUGCACGGCUGAGAAGUGCUACCGGGUCACCGAGGGCCGAGGGAUUUUUGCAAGUGGAAGUCCUUUUAAGAGUGUAACUCUGGAAAAUGGCAAGACCUUCAUUCCUGGACAGGGGAACAAUGCUUACGUGUUUCCUGGCGUGGCACUGGGAGUCAUCGCCGGCGGGAUCCGGCACAUCCCAGAUGAGAUCUUCCUCCUAACGGCAGAGCAAAUUGCCCAGGAGGUCUCUGAGCAGCAUCUGUCCCAGGGAAGACUGUACCCACCACUCAGCACCAUCCGAGACGUGUCUCUGAGAAUUGCCAUCAAAGUCCUUGACUACGCGUACAAACACAACCUGGCUUCCUACUACCCAGAGCCCAAGGACAAGGAGGCUUUUGUAAGAUCCCUGGUCUACACUCCAGAUUAUGACUCCUUUACGCUGGACAGCUACACUUGGCCCAAGGAAGCCAUGAAUGUUCAGACGGUCUGAUGCAGACUCAGGGGCUGGUAUGGGGCUGGACGAAGCCCAAAGUUACACCUACAAUAUAAAUGGGUUCCCAAAUGGCCAUCAUUGUUACUGUAUUUUUUCCUUUGAACUUUCUGAUGUGAGACGAGAUGCCAAGACAUACAGUGAAUGACAGCCUUGUCCCUGAAGGCCCUGGGAGUUCACUUUUCUGUAACCUUCUUCUGAGUUCCUUCCCAAGCAUUUCUUCAUCCAUUAAUUGCAACUACUGGCUCAGCCUUGUGUGAAAUACAGAAUCCUGCUUAGAAUCUGACCUUCACAGAGCUUAGGGUCUAGUGGAGAUAACUGGACACAAUUCAUCUUACAUUAAGGGAGAAAGUGGUAAGUGCAUUAAAAAAGGGCAGAUAAAAAUUGAAGGUGCUCAGAGAAGGGAGAGGACACUUCCUAUGAGAACAUAAGGCUUCAAGGGGAGCAGUAUUUGCACUGAGUCCCUAGAGUGAAGGAUGGGUGGGAGUCAUGGGGAGAUGAGGAAUGUGAGUGUCGCCACCAGCCAGAAAGCGUGGCCCACCCAUCAGGGAGUUCAGUCCUGCCAGAAGAAUACACACCCUUCAAGACUCAGCAGGGUGUGAAGGCUGAGCGGCUAGAGGCAGCUUACUAAUUAGUCAGGAAUGGUCACUGCCCUAUGGGUUGUUGAGUAUUAGACAUGCUUUUUCAGUUUUUACUAAAAGGAAAACCAAAGAAGUGUGGGUGGGGAGGGUCAGCCUGCCAAGGAAUGAGGAGGAAGAGAGGCAGUGAGGGGAAGGGCACCGUGGGGAGUUCUAAGGGAGAUUUGAUUUCGUUUUCCUGGCUCUGGAACACACUCUGCCUUCCAUGCUUCACUCUCUGAAGUCACUGAGCAACCUGGAGCCACUUUCUUAUAGAGGUGACGUCAGUCUGUCCUAGGUGUUUUGUAGACCAAGUUCAGGGAUUGCCUUCACCUCCCUCAUGUCUAGCAGAGCCCACACCAUAAGGGUGAGAUUGGGGAAAGAGCUUGCAGCCCCCUGCAAUCAGAGACCCUGCUAAGAUGCUAAGACCUGUUGGGAAGACAGCUUCUGGCCUCUAAUUUAAUUGUAUGAUAGAGGAAUCAAUAAAUCAGUCUUAGGGCCCUACCCCUGCUGCCACCUCAAUCUCAGGGUCCCCACUGCCCACAAUGAAUAGGUUCUAUAUGACCAUCUCAUAGUGACAGUCCUUUUUAGGCUCCUAGAAAAGUAAUUAGCAGAGCCACCAGUCACCUCUUGCUCAAGUCUUAUUUUUCCAACAUCUGUGUCCGUGGUACUGGUGCUCAGCCAAGAAUAUCCUGAGAAAACAUCCCUCCUCUGUGAUCCUUGGGCUCAGAGAAAAUGAGAAACUAUUCAGAAGAGGGUUUGAAGAGUGAAGCUGGAAUUGAACACCAGGGAACCUUUUACACUAUCUUUUCUACAUCAUGUCCAUGACUUCUUCUCUACCCCCACUACACCUCCUUCAUAACCAACAUAAUAGAAAAGACAAACAAUAGUAGAGAAAAAUCAAUGAAGCAAAAUAGGUUCUUUGAAAAGAUCAACUAAAGUAACAAAAUUUAGCUACGCUGACCAAGAAAAAAAAGAAAGAAGACACAAAUUACACUUCCUUUGCUCCAGCCACACUGAACACCUUGCUGGCACUAAGCACAUGCACUUUCAAGCCUGUGCUUGGUCUCCCCACCUGGAAAGUCCUUCCCUUCUCUUCCCUGCCCUUUACCAGUUAAAUGUUGGUUCACCAACAGCUUUUUGCCUGGAGACUUCAUUCAUCCUUGGAACUGAAAUGCAAUUGGCUUUAUGAAGUCUUCCCUCCUCCAGAGUUAAUAAUUGAAUUAAAAAUCAAAAACAGGGG